AUGGGGGUUAAAGCCAUCCAGAGAAGAGUUCACCUUCAAUAUAAGUAUGUAAUUGAAUAUGGCAAGGCAUGGAGGGCUAAACAGACGGCACUGGAGAACAGAUUCGGGACCUUCUAUGAUGCUUAUGACGGUGUCGUCCGUCUCCUGCAGACAUUGAAGGACCGGAAUCCGGGCACCCAUGUGGACAUACAAGACUUUGUGAUACCAGAGUUCCCUAAUGUCAGGGUUCUGCACAGGGUGUUUUUCGCAUUCAGCAUAUGCAUCGAGGCUUUCAUGCACUGUCGUCCGGUGAUGUGUGUAGAUGGAACUUUUCUAACUGGGAGGUACAAGGGACAGAUUCUGACAGCAAUUGGAGUGGAUGGCAACAAUCGAUGUGUGCCUCUCGCAUUUGCAUUUGUUGAGAGCGAGAACACUGCUAGCUGGUUAUGGUUCUUCAGGCAGUUAAAAAAUCGAUAG